AUGAGCAACUCGGUCGAUGGCAGAGAUCCUGUUGCAUUGCUAUUAGCAAUGCAUGAACAAGUAGUGCAGAUGAGCCGUACAAGACAUGAGAUCAGUUGUGAGAUUAAAGAUGUGCCUGGAGUGAUACGAGGCGACCGGGGCGACCGGAUGUCCAACAAUAAGCUGGUAGCGAUUGAACGCUUCCGGAUUGGCAAACAGAUCGAACAACAUGAGAAGUAUCGCCGUUGUUAUGAGCAGUUGCAACGUGUACCACGCAACAGUGUCGAAGAGGUGUCUGUGGCGUCACUGUUUGCUACACGAAUAAAAGAGAUUGCACCGUUGCCAAUACCAUCGAUUGAUAUAAACUCGGUGUAUCGAGACCCAGAGGAAGAGUACGGCACCAGCAUCUCUCUUGACCGAUUCUAUAACCUUUGGAUAGGACAUCUGACCAAACGCAAGACUAGCGAAUCGCCACCAACACUUGUUGAAUUCUACGGCCAAGUGACCAAACAGUUUCUGCAUGAUCGUUGGAUCGAUGAGACUGCCUUCCCACCCAGUCUGAUUGCUGGCAUGCUGGAAUAUCUUACUGGGUUCCAAGAAAGAGUAGACAUAGUGAAGCCCCAAGAUUCCUCGGCGGCUAUCACUCGUCGAUUACGUCGUCACAUAGCACUGUCUUCUUCCUCUUGCUCUUCCUCUUCCUCUUCCGCUUCCUCUCCCUCUCCGUGGCCGUUGACAUGCAUUGUAUGUGGACCCAAGAAAUUUGCCACCGAACAAGUCUUCCAUCACCAUUUGAAUAGCAACCGCCAUCUGAAACGCGAAGCCAGCAGACUCCCCAUAAUGAUCCCGAUCCAAUCGGUUCGUGAGAAAUUACAGACGCUAGCCGCCGAGCUCGCGAGUGGCGCGGCUCGUGUGGAACGACAAUUGAACAUGACGCCGCAGGAGCGGUUUGCCGAGCAUGCCGCCCAGCAGCGGAUUCGAACGGCGGUGCAAGGGCGUGGAGGCGGUGAUACGACUGCUACUCCGUCGGCAACUCCGUCGGCAACUCCGGCGGCAACCACGCCUGCAUCUGCCUCCACAGUAGAAGUCGACGGCCGGCACGUGCCGCGGUGGCUCUACCGCCUGCAGGGUCUGUCGUCGAUUUUCACAUGCGAGCUCUGCGACGGUCGAGAAUUCCACGGCCGGACACGGUAUGAGCGGCAUUUUACCUCCACACAGCACCGGACACGGCUGGUGUGUCUGGGUGUUCCGGCCGAGCAGCACGUGCAGUUUCGAGGUCUGGGCAAGCUGGACGCUGUGCUGGAAUUGCGCGGGGAAAAGCUAGGGAGACUGGAGGAGCAGGAGCCAUCUCGGAGCACAGUGGGCCGGGCCAAAGCAGUGGGAAAGGCCGGUGGGAAAGCAGUGGGAAAAGAUACCGCACUGGGCAACGACACAGGGCUGUCGCAGGAAUGGGCGGCGUUGCUGGAACGGCAGGGCCUAGCGUAG